GAGUGAGAAUCAACAGUGCUUGUCCGUGAUGGGUGGAGAGACUCCCAACAAAACGAAGGGAAAGCAAGGAGGGAGAAAAAGACUCGCUGGUCACCUUGCAACUUUACUCACAAGCAGAAGAAGAAUGAAGACGGCAAAAGUGUCAGUGUGUGUGGACCACUGAGGGAAUCCAGAUGUUUUGUCUCGACACUUUCUGCAGGCUCUCUAGAACAUCUCCUUGUUGAAUGAUAGAAUGGAGAGUGUCCUAGUCUUGUUGUUGGACUUAUUGUGGUUGGUGGCAAUGUCUGCACAAGGGAUGGCGGCGGCUCCAUAUCAGGACAACGCGAUUGACCUGCUGUCAGCUCUGAACAUAUCCCACCCAAAAAGCGGGCUGUCCAGACUGCACAGUCCCACGGGUACCAUAUACAGAAUCCGACCCAGAGCGCCUCACCUGACUCUCCCCGCUCAAUAUUCCCGAAUCCUGCGCUCGGAAUUCCAAGGGAGCAUGGGCUUCCAUUUGGUGGGCCAGCAGCUUCAGCGUACCAACAUCACCCUUUUAUCUCUCUCCACAUCAUCCGUUCUUCUCCAGCUUACCUCCUCCACCCUGGAUGAUGUUCUGCGUGUGGACUACCGGGCAGGAGGGGGUAUCCGGAGCUUUCUUUUCCCAGAGACAAAUCCCUUCUCUUCAGGAGAAUGGGUGCAGUUGGCCGUCAGCCUGGAGCCAGACAGGCUCGUAUAUUUUGUGGACUGUCAAGAAGUCCAAGUUGUCCUCGUAAAAGCGGAGGAUAAGUUGGAGCUGGAACUACCGCAAGAUGUUGUUAUCACCCUGGGAAGCACACCGGGGAGAAAGGAUAGCAAAUUUAGUGGUCAGCUCAAAAAAGCAGAGAUCUCACUAAAGGCCUAUGAGACACGUCCUUGGCACUGUGACAACGUGACAGUGCUACAACGGGAGACUCUUUCCACCAGCGGUAAAACUAAAAGGAAGCACAGAGCGUCGCUCCAGAGUGCUCAUUAUCCACCACACAGCAUCCAAAGUCAGCAGCUGCAAAGGGGAGCGGUCCUGGGCCCACCAGGACUCCCCCAAGGGGGGAAGUCCAUUUCCCAGGUCCACCGGGACGAAGGUCUGAGCAGGAUGGAGAGUAGACUGGAGGACCUGGCUCGUAAGAUGGACCUACUUCAAGCUCAGAACGAGGCGCUACAGUCACGAGUGCGCCACCUGGAGGGAUGCGAGUGUGUGCGGCGAUCGUGUGUGUGGGAAGGCAGAGAGGUAGAGGACGGCCGACGCUGGCAGACCGACGUCAGCACAGUGUGCACGUGCACGUCCGGAACGGUCACGUGCCAAGCCAACAUCAGAGACUGCGAGACACCGGACGCAAGAGUUCAUAACGUGUCCCAUACUGUGAGCACGUGUGGGGGGGGUGAGGGGGAUUGUUCGGGCAUGGCGUGCCCGUCACUGGACUGCACCCAAAGGGAGAGCGUACCUGGAGAGUGCUGCCAGCGAUGUACAGGCUGCGUCCACUCAGGCGUGCGUUACGACCACAAAUCAAAAUGGCAGCCGGAUGAGAGUCCGUGUGACGUCUGCCACUGUUGGGAGGGCACCGUUCGCUGCGAGAGGGAGCCUUGCCCCCCGUUGCCCUGUACCAACCCGGCGCCUCCUCCGCACCACUCCUGCUGUCCAGUGUGUCAAGAUUGUGGUGUGAAUGGUCAGCAGUUCCCAAACGGAGCUGUGAUCCCAACAGGAGACCGCUGUGAAAAAUGCUCAUGCGUGGAUGGAAAUCUGGCAUGUUUACCUCGUCCAUGCCCCGCCCUCUUUUGUUCAAAUCCCGUGCACCGCGCCGGCGAUUGUUGCCCACGGUGCGAUGAGUGCAAGUACGAAUCUCAAGUCUACCUGGAUGGACAGAAGUUUCCGUCCACGGGCGACCCUUGCAUCGAGUGCCGCUGCUCUGCAGGUGAAGUGUCCUGUGAGCGCACGGAGGCGUCAUGUCCGCCGUCACGCUGCAGCCACCCGGCCAAACGCAAGGGAGAGUGUUGUCCAACUUGCAAUGAGUGCGAGUUUGAGGGGAAGGUGCAUGCAGACGGAAAAGUGUUUGUCCCGCCCGGAAGUGGCCCCUGCCUGCAGUGCAGGUGUAAGAGCGGCAACGUCGUUUGCCACGAAGAAAAAUGCCCUCCCUUGCGAUGCUCCAACCCCGUACGAGAUCCGCAUCGCUGUUGCCCCGUCUGCAAAGAAUGCGUGCUGGACGGCUCCGAAUACGAAGACAACUCCAAGCGGCAGCCCGAGGAGCCGUGCUCCAGCUGCGCAUGUCUGGAUGGAGACCCUCAGUGCACCCAGAUGAACUGCCCCCCCAUCACCUGCCAGCAUCCCACCAAAACCGCCGGCUCCUGCUGCGCGCUGUGCGACAGCUGCACGUAUCAUCACCGUAUCUACGGCAACGGACAGACGUUUGGGACGCCCGAGCGCCCGUGCCACGUCUGCACCUGCCGGGUGAGCAUACCGCCGACAAAUCCCUCUUCAGAUUCCUUCCUGCUCACCCCCUACCCCUUGCAGCACGGCACUGUGGAGUGUGAGAGAAGACCUUGCCCAGCCCUCAACUGCAGCAACCCGUACACAGCGCCUGGAGAGUGCUGCCCGAAAUGUCCAGACUGCUUGUUUGACAAGCACGUGUUUGUGGACGGCCAGGCCUUUCCCAACCCGACCGGCACGUGUGAGGAGUGCAGAUGUGCGAGCGGCACCGUCGACUGCCGGCAGGCUCAGUGCCCUCGGCCGCGCUGCAACGCGCCGCUCGUGGGCGCGUGCUGCAGGAACGACUGCAACGGAUGCAGCUACGCCGGCAAAGAGUAUCCCAACGGUCAACAGUUUGCACAUCCCAUCGACGCAUGCAGGACCUGCAGCUGCAUUAAUGGAAAUGUCCAAUGUCUUAUGAAGAGGUGUCCACACCUGUCAUGCCCCAAUCCGCAAGUGUUGCCUGGAGAAUGCUGCCCCCAGUGUCCUGCUCCGCCUCUGGACUGCGAGUUGGAUGUCCAAACGUACCGACACAGCGAGCGCUUCUACUCGCCGUCGGACCGUUGCCAGUUGUGCUCGUGCGACAACGGCACCGUGCACUGUCAGAGGAAGCCGUGCCCCUUCGCCUCAUGUUCCCAUCCUGUCACCCGGGACUGCUGCCGCACCUGUCAAGGCUGCCUGUACGAAGGUCGAGAGCGAGCCAACGGGGAGAUGUGGGACGACGCUUCGGACCCGUGCGCUGCGUGCGUUUGCCACGAGGGGUCCGUAAGGUGCGAGAAGAAACAUUGCCCCCCCGGCAACUGUAAGCAUCCUGUGCAGCGACAGUGCUGCAAGUCCUGUGAGGGCUGCCUGUAUAACGGGAGGGAACACGUGGACGGCACGGAGUUCACCGACGACAAGGACCCCUGCUCUGUGUGCUACUGCUACGCAGGCGAGGUGGUCUGCACCAAGGUGCCUUGCUACGGAGACUGCCGCCAUCCGUACAAAGCGCCCGGACAAUGCUGUGGAGAGUGCCAACGCUGCUUUUACAACGGAGCAGUGCUGGACGACGGACAGUCCAUUCCUGACCCGGGGAACCCUUGCUCUGAGUGCACCUGCCAGACUGGCACUGUGCGCUGUGUGAAAAAAUCGUGUGCAGUGACGCUGUGUCCUCACCCGGUCCCAAACGCCUGCGGAUGUCCCGUGUGUGACGGAUGCCGUUUCCAAGGUGUGGAUUACCUGGACGGUCAGAUCGCGGCAGGAGAAGAGAGCAGCUGUCAGGAGUGCAGAUGCUCAAGAGGCGAGGUGGCUUGCGUACAGAAAAGAUGUCCCGUCGUGUCCUGUUCUCAUCCGGCGCUGGACGGAUGCGCGUGCGGCGUGUGCGACGGAUGCAACUUUGAGGGGCGGAACUGUUUGGACGGAGAACGAUUCACGCAUCCAACCGAUCGUUGUCAGCUCUGCUCAUGUCGGAACGGCGACGUGCUGUGCACACGCGUGUCGUGCCCGAGCGCCGCCUGCUCGCAUCCGGUGACCCCACCUGGCGAGUGUUGCCCGGUCUGCACGGGGACGUGUCGCCAUCACGGCAGGGAAUACCAGUCCGGUUCGACCUUCCUGUCGCCCUCUGACCCCUGCUCUUCCUGCUCUUGUCUGGAAGAGGUGGUGAGCUGUCAGAGGAGACCUUGUCCCGUGCAGUGUUCCCACCCCGUCCCUUCAGACGCCUGCUGUCCCGUGUGCGACUCCUGCCUGUACGAGGGCGUGGUCCGCGCCCACGGCCUGGCCUUCGCGCCCUCCUCCGAUCCUUGCCAGCGUUGCACCUGCGUCAGAGGCACGGUCACCUGCGUGCCCCCCGUGUGCCCGCCGGCCCUCUGCGGCCGAGCCGUCACCAAACCGGGACGGUGCUGCCCCGAGUGCAUGGGAUGUAUGCUGGAUGGACAAGAGUACAGCGACGGGCAGAUAUGGACCUCGACCUCAGACCGCUGCUCCGCAUGUACCUGUCAGGCUGGCGAUGUGCAGUGUUCAGCUCCGCAGUGUCCCCAGCUGACCUGCGUGCAUCAGCUGACUGAGCCGGGGGCUUGCUGUCCUCGCUGCAGAGGUUGCAUGUACGACGGGGGCGAGUACGCGGAAGGAAGCAGCUGGUUCGCCGACUCGUCCCACUGCCGCAGCUGCAUGUGCGUGGACGGCGUGACGACGUGCUCGGAAGUUCGCUGCCUAUCCCCUUGCAGCAACUUCAUCAAGAUGCCCGGGGAAUGCUGCCCCGUGUGCGCCGACUGCGUGUUUGAGGGGAAGGUGUACGGCCCAGGAGACAGCUUCCAUCCGGCUGGAGACCCCUGCCAGAUUUGCACCUGUGAGGUGAUGCCAGACGGAGAGCACCACUUGCGUUGUUAUCGUAAACAGUGUCCCAGCCUGGUGGACUGUCCCAAGAACAACAUCUUGUUCUCUGGACCCGACGCUUGCUGUCCUGUCUGCGCACAGCCUCUGAGUAACUGCACGACUACGCUGAACGGCAAUGAGGUGCUGGCUAAAGACGACCCCUGUUUCACAUGCCAGUGCAGGGAUCUAACAUGGACGUGCCUCCAUCAAGGCUGCCCACCGCUGACUUGCCCUCCCAGCGAGCAGUUGACCCCUCCCGACUCGUGCUGCCCAGUCUGUAAUGAAUGUGUGAUCGAGGGUCAGAACCAACGCGUGGCGAGCGGCAGCAGCUGGACGGAUAGCGCCGACGACUGUGUCACCUGCACCUGUAACUUGGGCUUUAUCGAGUGUAGCAUUGAAGACUGUCCAUCCACGCCUUGUCCCAACGGUCAGAAAAAAGUGAAGGUAGCAGGCAAAUGCUGCCAUGAAUGUCAAGAUUGGGGCGUGUCAUGUGUGCACCUUGGUACCGUGUACCAGUCCAACGAGCAGUGGCAGGUGGACGAGUGCACUGGCUGCACUUGCGUGUCUGGAGAUGUGCACUGUCACAGUGAACGCUGUCCUCCCCUAAGCUGCAAUACGGACGAGAUGCCAUCGGUGGUCCCGGGCUUGUGCUGCCCUCACUGCAUCCCUCGGCCGGCCACGUGCAUCGCGUUCGGCGACCCUCACUACCGUACCUUCGACGGACGCAUGCUCCACUUUCAGGGGGCGUGCACCUACGUCCUGGCGCAGGACUGCCAGGGCGGAGACUUCAGUAUCCACGUCACGAAUGACGACCGCGGUCGUCAAGGAGUGUCGUGGACUAAAGAGGUGACCGUCUUCGUCGGUGAUGUCACGGUGCGGCUGCUGCAGGAUUGGCUCGUAAAGGUUGACGACGAGACGGUGAAAUUACCGUUCCUCAGAGAACCGUACAUCUACGUGGAACGAAAGGCCAACACCAUCCUGCUCAACAGCAAUAUCGGCGUCAAGGUGCAGUGGAACGGCCGUUCCCACCUGGAGGUGAGCGUUCCGGGUUCCUACAAGGGAAUCACCUGCGGUUUGUGUGGAAACUUCAACAACUACCAUCAGGAUGACCUGCGCAUGCCCAGUGGACAGAUAAGCUUGUCGGAAGCAGAUUUUGGAAACAGCUGGAGGGUAACAAACGGAAGCCACUCCCUGGCGUCGUGCCGCCCGGGCGAGGACGUGGACCCCUGCAAGGAGGCGGGCUACCACGCCCGUAAGAACGCCAACGCCCGCUGCAAGGUCCUCAAAUCGGAAGUCUUUAGGCCGUGCCAUCGCGUGGUGCCCCCCGAACCCUGGUACGCCGCUUGCGUCUACGACCUGUGUGCCUGCGGAGCCAACACCGACGAGUGUCUGUGCGACGCUCUGGAGGCCUACGCCGGACAGUGUCGCGAGGCCGGCGUGGUCCUGCAUUGGAGGGGACCCUCGCUGUGUGCGGUGAGGUGUCCGGUGGAGAGGGGCUUCGUGUUUGACGAGUGCGGCCCGCCGUGUGCCGUCACCUGCUUGAACGUGGGUGCGCCAUUGGGGGUGCUAGAGAGCCACUGCUUCAAGCCCUGCGUGCCGGGCUGCCAGUGCCCCGCUGGUUUGGUGCUGCACAACAACUACUGCAUCCAUUCCAGCAAGUGCCCCAAGAUCAUCCACGGCAACCAGUCGUGACACCUCAUCCGCCGCUCAAGACUGCUUUCGUCAAUCCAUUCUCUGAUUGGUCGCCAGCCAAUCGCAGAGCUCUUACAAACAACCAUUCACGGCUACUGAUCAUUUUGAGUCGGCCAGCGCCAAUAUUCAAACCUCGAACCUCAAAAUUGUGAGGCAGACACGUUGACCACCAAUUCCACCGUGCUGCCCAAGUGACUGAAGAUGCAGUGCUAUUUAUAAACCACAAGGUGUAGUAGUUUCACUUGAACGUUCACUUCUACUUUUUAUUAAACACGUUUCUAAAAUAUGUUUAUGUACUGUGUUCCAAAUGGACAUUCAUGUUCUGCAAGCACUCUGCAAUCUCACAUUCUCUCAGGUUGUCUUUUUUUGGAGGGGUGUGAAUAAAGCUCUUACGAAUGUCCAA